AUGGACAUCCAAUCAUAUACGAUUUUGAAAGAUGGCCCUCAGACGCAAGAGUGGAGUCCAUUUAACUUGUCGUCCGAGCAGUUACCACUGUACCCGUCUUAUGAUGGAGCUACUCCCGAAUUCUUCAAAGUUAUUUUCGAAAUACGAGUUGAAGUUACAGAAAGUCAGGAUGCUGUUUAUUCAUCGUUUAUGCGCGCACACAAAUGCUACGAUCUAAUUCCUAUAAGUACGAAAUUAGUAGUUUUUGAUACUGAACUACAGGUGAAGAAGGCCUUUUUCGCCCUUAUCUACAAUGGAGUUCGAGCAGCCCCACUAUGGGAUAGCAGAAAACAAGAAUUUGUUGGCAUGCUCACUAUUACGGAUUUUAUUCGAAUACUUCAAAAAUAUUAUGUAAAGAAUGAUUCAAAAAGUGAAGGCAUGCAGGAUCUUGAAAAACAUAAAAUAGCAAUUUGGCGUGAAGAACUGGAGCGGGAUGGUUAUUUGAAACCUCUGGUAUCUAUAAAUCCUUCCGAAAGCCUUUUCCAAGCAAUUCAAGUUCUCUGUAAAGAGAAAGUGCAUCGUUUGCCGGUGGUAGAGGAGUGUACUGGCAAUAUCGCUUUCAUUCUCACUCAUAAGCGUUUGAUGAAAUUCCUGUAUCUAUAUAUGAUCGAUCUACCUUGUCCAUCCUUCAUGGAGAAGACACCUCGUGAGUUAGGAAUUGGUACAUGGAAUGCUGUUUCAACAAUUACUGAGAAUACUUCACUAAUAGAUAUUAUGGAUAUAUUUCUUUCUAAACGGGUGUCUGCUUUACCUGUAUUGGACGAAAAUGAGAAAGUUAUCGACAUUUAUGCUAAAUUCGACGCUAUAAAUUUAGCGGCUAAUAAGUCAUAUAUUGAUUUGGAUGUUACAGCGCGGGAAGCUUUACAGUAUCGUGUUGAUUGGUUUGAGGGAGUACGCUGUUGUUCACCAGAUGAUUCAUUAAUGAAGAUUGUAGAAAUGAUAGUUCUUGCCGAAGUGCAUCGAUUGUUGGUUGUUGACCACGAUGAGAAAGUGAUAGGAAUCAUUUCACUCUCAGAUAUACUACGCUUUUUGGUCUUAGAGCCACCAGUUACACCACCUGAGAGAAAUCGCAGUCCUGAUUUUCCAAUGGAUGAUGUAAUUGGAAGUAAUGAUGAUGAAAUAUAUUGUUCGUAA